AUGCUUCCAAAUGCAGGGGAGACAGGCUAUAGAGGAAAAUACGGAAGUACAAGAGGUUACGGAGAAGACAGGUAUAGUGGGAAGCUAUUUGGAAAAGGGUCAAACUUCCGGCCCAAUGGUGGAUCUGGAAGCGGGGAGAAUGGAGAUCACUCUGAUGAGUACGGGAGUGGUGGGUCAGAGAGUAGCGAGGAGUCCGGGAGUGGAAAGGGUAAAAGGAGAAGAAAUGUAGAGCGUUCUGAUGAGUACGGAAGUGGUGAUUCUGAAAGUAGCGAGGAGUCCGGAAGUGGGAAGGUUAAAACGAGGAAAAAUGGAGAGGGAUCUGAUGAGAACGGAAGUGAUGGGUCUGCAAGUAGCGAGGAGCCCAGAAUUAGUGGGAAGGGUAAAAGGAGGAAAAAUGGAAAAGGCUCUGGUAAGUACGGAAGCGGUGGUUCUAACAGUGUCAAGGAAUCCGGAAGUGGGAAGGGUAAAAGGAGAAACCAAUAUGAUUACGGAUUAAGUUAUUACUUCAACGACUUUGGUGUACCGGUAUAUGGGGACUACGGAGAGGGCGGCAAUAGCGAUAAAUAUGGCUUAGAGAACAGUUACGGAAAUAUAUACGGUGACAUUUACAAUAAUGCAAACGACUAUGGCGAGGAUGAAUGGGCUAAUUAUGGAUACGGUUAUAAUGAAAAGAGAUACGGAGAGACUCGCAAAACCUUGAAUGAUGCCAACCUCUUGAUCUAUUCUUAA